AUGUUUGGAGAGGGUCGCGAGGAGGCAGCUCGCCUCUACGUUCCCCCACUACUCGAGGAUGACGACGACGAGCGCAUUGUCAAUCCCGACACUUCCGAAGAUCUCCCGCCGCCCGAUGUUGAAGCGGGUGGAAGCGCCCUGCCCGUCUGGCUGCAGGAGUCAUCCAAGUCCUUUCGCUGGAGCUGGGUACCACUGCCUUUGAGAAAAGCCGGCCGCGCGACCGCGCACUGGAUCAAGGGUCCCAAUCCUCCCCAUAUGCUUUUGUUGAAACCGCUCUUCCCUCGCAUACAGGAACUGCCGGUCCAGUACCUAGACCGCUUUUUUCCUAAGCGCAAGCACAAGAUCUCACUUCUCAUUCUGCUAUAUGCAUCCUGGUUCCUACCCUGGUUCCUGGUACUUGUGCACUCGCGCUCCUCCGGCUACAUCGAAGGCUACGGUCAGCUACAGACACUUUCAUGUGGAACCAAUCUUUGGGAACUCGAUAACGGAUGUGGCCUCAAUGGCAACGGAUGCCGUCCCUUUUCUUCCUCGACCGUCGCUUUUAGGUGCCCUGCGAACUGUAUCGACGAGAAGCUCCUAGAGCCUCAUGUUGUUGGGAACCGAACAUUCAAUUACCAGGGUCUUGUGAUUGGAGGCCCGCAACCCCAUUCGUCUGAGCCCGCUAUCUAUCGCGCCGACAGUUUUGUUUGUCAGGCAGCGAUUCAUGCCGGUGCCAUCUCCAACAAUGGUGGUUGCGGCGUUGUGAAGCUCGAAGGCGCGGCGCAUUCAUUUCCGUCGGUCAAGCAGAAUGGCAUCCAGUCUGAGGCUUUCCCGUCCACUUUCCCCAAGGCCUUCAGUUUCAUUCAGUCGCUCUCGUCGCAGGCUAACUGCCCAGCUGAUCCGCGCUGGUCGCUCCUGGGCGUAACCGCAGCCGCUGUCGGGCUCCUUUGGCUGUUCUGCACCUCCCCGCCUGUUUUGUUCUUCAGUACAUUCUUCAUGGUAUUCUGCCACACUGGACUGGUCGCAGACCCGCCAUCAUAUCCUUACCUGAGCGACCUCGUUUCCACUCUAUUGUCUCGACUGCUCCCCGCAUCGUUCGUGGUCUAUGUGCUCUUCAAGUUCUGCGCGAACCCGCUUCUUCAACCCAUCUCAUCGCCAAUCUAUCAGUUCUCGAAGUUGUUCCUGUUCCUCCCACCGCUUUUCAUUGGAGCUUUGAACAACUAUACUUUUGCGCGAUUGAUCCCCCUCCAGCGCCUGACGCCCAUGGACAUUCAGCAGCAGCCUGGCGCGAAGUUGGCGCUCGCCAUUGUCAUCCCAACCGUGCUCACGAUUGUUCUUACCCAAGCAUGGCAGAUCCGCCAGGGUGGAUUGCUUCCUCGCUACCUCAAGAUCUAUUGCACCAUGCUUCUGUUCAUCUUGAUUCUGGCCCCGCUCCCUGGUCUACGACUGCGCAUCCAUCAUUACAUUCUGGCGAUCCUGCUUAUGCCAGGAACUGCUUUCCCCACGCGCCCUUCAUUGAUCUACCAAGGACUGCUCCUUGGCCUAUUUAUCAACGGUGUUGCUCGGUGGGGCUUUGCUUCCAUUAUCGAGACCCCCGCUGCCCUGGGAGAGCUAGCGCCGGGCCGUAGUGGAAGUAGCGGAUGGUGGGGUGCUUCAUAUCCAAACAUCACCGAUUCCUCCGUGGAGAUUUCGCUACCCGGUUCAGGAUCGAAGGAGACUCAUCACGGCAAUGGUAAUAUCACUUUUACCCUCUGGGAACACGAGCGCAUGACAAAACUUGCCGUGGAUGGUGUUUCGGUCUUGCUCAACGAUGUGGAGCGCUGGCGUGGCUAUUUGGAUGAGGAUAAGCUAGGUGAAUUCACUUGGCACCGCCGUGGCCAUGAGGGCUUGGAGCUACCUCAUGACGAGCCUCUCCUUGAUCGUCGGGACCUUCUGGAGACUACAUUCGAUACUCAAUCAGUCCUACUGAUCGAUAGUAAUCCUUCGGAUGAACCUGAGGAUCUCUUCUUCCGAUUUGCAUUCUUGCGGGGCUCCGAGGCUGGCCGGUACGGACCCGCUGCAGUCUGGCGCAGUGAUGGAUCAUGGAAAUCGCCAUCCCGUUCGAAAUAG